UAUGUUUCAAUUCCUGUAAUACAAUAGUUCCCGUAGGAAAAUUUAUACCUUUUUUUGGUCUGCACGUUUCGCAAAGGUGCAAUUUCUAUAUAUACAGUUUUGUACAGAGUGUAUGCAUGUAGGUAAACGUGCAGAAUUUUGUGUGCAAAAUUAAUCCCACAGAAGAUUUUUAACCAAAUCUCCAGGCAAGCAAAUUUCUGCAGAUUCUUGUCCAAGAUGUAAUUGGACAAAAUUUCGAUUUUCAUACUGACAGAUGACGGAUUUAGCCUCGAAAUCAAUCCCUCUAAUUCCAAAGAGAAAGUAGAUGGUGUAAUCGUUCUCCUGAAUUACAAAGUACUUACUAGUGUUUCCGGGAUUCAUUCGUGAUGGAACGAAUUCAAUUCACAUGUGGAAGGAAAAGUGGCAGCAAAAGCUGAUAUUAAGCACAUUGAGUUGAACAAUUGUACAAAAAGGGAAAAAGGGAGUGGUUCCUACUUUGUGUGGAUUUCAUUACGGGUGACCUUUUUCGAUUUUCUAUAUCCUGGUUCAAUUAAAUGGGAAGCACGAUAAGUUGUGUAAACUUGAUAUGUGUGCAGAAUACCAAGUCCAAUGUAUACCUACGCAAGUUUGGUAACUACGUACAUAACUGCGUACUUAUUUUCAUAAGGAGCAAGCUAUGUUCUUACGUGAUUACAUAUAAUAAAAACGGUAUCUUCAUAUGCCAUUUAAACCACGAAAGUGAAUUCAUAUAAUUUCCUAAUAUAUGGGAUUUAUUAAAAUAGAUAUUUCAUGCGGCUUGUAACUUGACGUUUAACCGCUCAUUUUUUUUGCUAAUUCCUGCAAUUGAUGUAGCAAUUGCUGGAAAUUGAAAUUUUUGAAUAUUUUGAAAUUUUCUACAGGAUGUAUUCGUACCUAUGUACGCGUUUCAGAAUAGCUGAACCACCGUCAACUAUUUAAAUAUCUCUGCAGUCAGCACAUUGACAACAGCAAAAUGUACACGACCCGUCUAUUCCGCCUGCUUCACUUAAUGUGCAAACUGACGACGAAAAUGGGUUCAUUUUCCAUGCAUUUUAACCCCACGGAGAAAAUCUUCUAUAUUACGACCCGAUCUCGAAGAAAGUAUGGAAGAUCAAUUGUCAUCCUGAUUUCUUACAUGUGUCUCAUGUGGCGUCAAGUCAUGUACAUUUACCUCGACGGGGAUGAUAGUUGGACUUCAAAUUCUCACUUUCACUUUGGAUAUGUGCUUACUUUCGGCGUUUCGGUCCCAAUCGUGGCCUCGAUGAUUCUUUACCUUGAACAGAACAACGUCUCGAGAGCAUUAAACCUCAUUUUCGGCUAUUUCCCACGAUUUCAUAAAAAGUGGAUGCCAAUCUGUCACCCUGAGACGAACCCGAUCCUAAAAUUAUUGGUGAUCCUGGUCCACCUGGAAAUAGCGGGAUUUGCACUUAUCCCAUUUGCCACUACGUUCUACUUCAUCACUUCGCCAGAAAAUGGAGUCCAUCCGCGACAAGUUUUUUUACCUGCCUGCGUAAAAAACGAUCCCGUCUUUGUGUCAGCCUCUCUUCUCGGUGUGACGAUAAUCGCAGGCAUGACCUGGUACUUGGUCAUGCUGUGUGUGGUCAUUGCCACGCUCUAUUUCUUUUCGAUGCAACUUGUCCUUCGAGAGUUUGACAUGAAGGGAAACACGAAACAUUUAGCGUUUGACAGUCUGAGAGAAAGUGGAGAAAACCUGAGUUUGGAAUAUACUUGCAUCCGUCUUGUCCACAAGGCUUUGAUGGAUCCGUUUGGACUGUUGAUCGUCUUCAGUCAUGGGGCCUGCUCCCACUUCAUUCUUUUCUGCAAUUUCACCAUCAUCAAAAAUUGGCAUACUACGGACAUUUUUAACACGGUAUUGCUCUUGUUAUGGGUCAGCACAGUGCAUAACUUGUGGUCCACCGUGUUAGAAGUGGGAGGAAGAUUUCAAAAGAUGUCAGCAUCGAUGCUAAAAUCAUGGAAACUUGCAAAAUUUUCGUCCAACGAGGAGCGGAAAUUCGUCGCCAAGUUUAGAAAAUGGCAGAAACGAUUGGCAUUCGGGAAGGAUGGAGUAUUCAUAAUUACGAGGAUAAGCAUACUAAAAUUCUUUCGAGCUAAUUUGAAAGGCACUUUUAAAGCUGUGUUGACCAUUGAAUGAGAAAAUUCUAAGUUUUGAGACUUAUCAAUAUUUAAUUUGCUUUGUAAUGAACCGUGUCAAAUGAACAAAUGAAGUAAAAUGUAAAAUGACACGAAAUGAAAA